AUGUGGCUUCCUCCACACAGAAACUGCGUCACACUGAAAGUGAAGUUUGUGUUCAUCACACCGCACUUCUACAAGGGUCUCCCUCUGUCUGUCAUCCCCACGGAGAUCCUGAGCCCGGCAGCAUACAGCCCCAUCACUGUGUGGACUACCAGUAACUUGCCGUGGUCGCCGCUGCCCAAUGACCUCCCCAUCUCUGGAUACCCCUCAUCUCUCUCCGACACCUCCUCUAAAGACCACAGCGGCUCAGAAAGUCCAAGGAGUGAUGAAGACGAGCAGAUGCUGCCUAAACUUUCAGAACCUCACGGAGUGGAGGCAGAGAAGUUUCAAUGUAGUUUGUGCAGCAAAUCCUACUCCACGUACUCUGGACUGCUGAAGCACAAACAGCUGCACUGCGACGCCCAAACGAGGAAAUCCUUCAGCUGUAAAUACUGCGAGAAGGAGUAUGUUAGUCUGGGAGCUCUCAAAAUGCACAUCAGGACUCACAUGCCUUGUGUUUGCAAAAUAUGCGGGAAAGCUUUCUCCAGACUGCUGCUCCAAGGACAUAUCAGGACGCACACGGGUGAAAAGCCUUUCUCCUGCCCUCACUGCAAUAGGGCAUUUGCAGACAGGUCCAAUCUCAGGGCUCACCUACACCAUUCGGAUGUGAAAAAUACCAAUGCAAGAACUGCUCCCAAAACCUUCUCCAGGAUGUCUCUUCUGCACAAGCAUGAGGAAUCUGGUUGUUGUGUAGCACACUGAACUGGGAUACUUUUCCACCACCAGAAAUUCCCCUCUGUUUCUUCUUUAUUUUUCCAAGCCCAUGGAGAAGUGUCAGGGAAUCACACCAAGGGGGUUUGCUGACAGAUAUGCAGACUCUUUUCUUACAACUGGUCCUUUCAUGUCGAGUGAGAAAUAGCCCAGCGCUCACAAGAUUCUCCUCAUUUCAAUCAGUGUUCAGUGAUUGCAAUCAGUGUCCAGCUUUGUCAAACCAUGUACUCACCUGCCUGUGCUAUUCAUGCACUUUUCUGCAUGUCUAGAAAGUUUUAUAGGCCUCAUAAUGUUGUUUUCAGAGUUUGUACCAUGUUUCUCAAGGGCUUUUAUGCAGUGCUCCACUUUUUUAUACAAAUACUACCAAAAGGUGCAUUAUGACUGGCAGUAUGACUAUAACCAGUGGAAUACUGAAGCCAUUGCUACAUAGGGAACAAGUGCAAACUUAGAUUUAGUGGGAGAUUAUUAUAACUUUUGCACAGUCUGUUGUAACAGUGUAUCAGCACUUGAAUAGCAAAACAAGUGCCUCAGUUUUACUCAGCAAUAUGAUGUAUUUUUCAGCAACAGGUUCCUUUUAUAUUUUUAUAUAUUGAAUGUAAGUCGUGACUGAGAUGAUUGUACAUUAACAGUGAAAACUGUGAUGCUGAAUGAUUUUGAUAUUUUCAUAUUUUCAUGACACUUUUAAAAAUAAAUAACAUUUUGUAUAA